ACUGCGGAUUGUGACGUCACGAGAAGGAAAGCAACAGGCGUGGUGGCGCGCGCGCGAUUGCGCGUGUCAGAGGCGGGCGCGCGCGACGGGUAGGGACGCUCGUCACCGUGGAGACUGGAGUGGCAGAGAGGCAGAGUCGGGCGGGAGUGGGCCUGACAGGCGACAGAUAGCGAGCGAGAGGCCGCGGCACCGGGCCUGGGCCCGCUGCCAUGUGAGAGGGGGAGCGGAGAGUCGAGCCGAGCUAUGGGGCGGAAGGCCGCUGACCGGCCUUAGUGAGGCCUCGGGGCCCAGGCCAGCGCCGUGCUCCGCUGUGGGGAGUAUGCGCCAUGGACCCGAGUGUGGCCGACAGCCCGGUGACGCUGGUGAUCAGAGCGCCGAACCAGAAGUACGACGACCAGACGGUGUGCUGCUUCCUCGACUGGACCGUGGGCCGCCUCAAGAGCCACCUGGCGCGGGUGUACCCGAGCCGCCCGUCUACCAAGGAUCAGAGGCUCGUCUAUUCUGGCAAGCUUCUCCCUGAUCACUUGCAGCUGAAGGACAUUUUCAGAAAGCAAGAUGAGUAUCACAUGGUUCACCUAGUCUGCUCUUCAAGGACUCCUUCAGGAUCACCAAAACCCAACAACAGGAACAAUGGAAUGGCAGCAACCAACAAUGGCACCACGAGUUCUGAAAAUUCAAGUACCACAACACCCUCUCCAUCUUCAAGUCAAGAAUCCAUGACUGGACCCCCAGCUUCCAAUCUUGCUGGUCUAAGGCAUCGUAGCCUCUCUCAGGUUCCUUUAAACCAUGCACAGAGCCAAAGACUCCAACAUGUGAUCCAAGGACAUGGAGGUGGCCAGGUUCCUAUGCAGCCAGUGAUUCCAGUUGGCUUUCCAGUGUAUCCCAUGUACAGUCCACAGCAUGUGCUCUGGUGGCAGCAGAUGUAUGCCCGACAGUACUACUUGCAGUACCAAGCAGCAGCCAGGCUUUCGGGUCCAGCCGGUGCUCAGGCCUCGGGUCCAGCAGCCUCUGAGCCAGUGAACCCAGAGCCUCAUCAGCCAGAUGAUGCCCCAGCUGCUCCUAUUGCAGCUGCCCCAGAGAACAGGCCCUUGAACCAGAACAUUCAGAUGAAUGCACAGGGGGGCCCAGUGCUGAAUGAAGAGGACUUGAAUCGAGACUGGUUGGACUGGAUGUACACCGUGUCCCGAGCAGGCAUCCUGCUGAGUAUCGUCUACUUCUACUCCUCUUUCAGUCGUUUUGUCAUGGUGAUGGGAGCAAUCCUGCUUGUUUAUUUGCAUCAAGCUGGAUGGUUCCCAUUCAGGCAGGAUGCACCAAAUGGGCGCCCAGCAAAUCAACCAGCAGACUUCAACCAGGAAGCACAAGAGGAUAAUGCCCUUGAAGUCCAUGAAAUGGAGCGGCUCAUGGAUGAAGGUCUGGAUGACGAUAGCGGGGAGAGUGGUGAGAGCGGUGACAGUGGAGACGACACCACGGAAAGCACAGGAGGGGCAGAGCCCCCUGGCUUCAUGGCUUCGGCAUGGUCAUUUGUUACCACCUUCUUCACCUCUCUCAUCCCUGAAGGCCCCCCUCAAGUUGGCAACUAGGACAAGCAGUGGACUUUUCAACUUUUCUGCUCCCUACGGUUGUAUAUUUGAGUGACAUUUACUGAAAAGAAACCCCAAACGUCUCAAGUGUGGGAGUGUGCCUAACCCUUUAUUGCGUUGCCACUGCUGCUGCAAUCCCCAUGGGUUCAGUGUGUUGAGUCGUUCUCCUGAUCAUGCCAUCCUUUGAUUACACCCAACAUCUGGCACGCACUAAAUGGAAAACCCUGCUCUCCUUGCUUUAGUUUUCAUUGCUGUACAUGAGGAAAAAAUGAAAUUGAAAAAUUGCCUAUUUUCCCUGAUUUUGUUAUAACUGCCACCAGCUGUUACUUUGGAGGUGCUGGUGAUGGAGUUACAUAAAUGGAACUGGCCUUGGUGGUCUACACUUGGGUAAGGAGGAAUCCAUUUGGUUCACACCACUAUUUCUUUCCAGCUGACUUGUAAUGGUGUACAUGCAAUCUGAAUUUGCUAGCAUGUCAGUCACACAUCACGUUACUUUUCUUAGCUUCUGCAUUUUUCAUUGGUUGCCAGCCCAAUACUCCGAUUAGAACAGUUUCCUGACGCAGUGUUGCUGGCUGUUGACUGGUUAGUUUGGAUUAUGAAGCCAGGCUGGUAGUUUGGGGUUGGCUUCAUUUGUAUUUUGAGCUGGGUGUAUGAGAUAAUUAAUCCCCUGGAAUAUUUAACCUGAACCCUGGGCUUCUCUGCUAACCAGGUAGAGGUGAACAGACAGCUUCACCUCGCCUUCAAUCACAAGAACACUCUGGAGCUUUCAUGAAACUUGUGAGCUGUAGUUUGGGAUUUGAGAGACAGAACUCCAAUGUAAUUUGUACUUGUUAUAUACAUACUUUUUAAAAUUGCUUUUACAUUUUAAAAACUCAUUUUAGAAUUGUAUAUUUUACUGCCUCGUCUUUUGGGCAUUGAAGACAUAACUUUGAGGAUCAUAACUGGUCAAUUGGCAGUUUUCAUUUGGAGAUGGUGAUGUGACUCGUGCAUAUGUACUGAUAUAGUGGAAAUGUGAGAGCAUAGCGGUGUAAAUAACAUGGUCUGUUUGAGAGCUUUCCUAGCCUGAACAGCAAUAAAUGCUACAUAUAGAAUUAGCAGCACUGUUUGGUACUUUAGAAGGCCAAAUAAACUCAGUGUCUGCAGCAUGCUAACAUACUUUUAACAAUACUGUCACAAUAUAUUACUGAUUGUUAGAAAAAAAAUAAAGCAAAUAAUGAUUUAUUUGAAUAAACAUUGACACAUGCAUUUGGUACUACA